CGCGCUAAACCAUAAGAGCCACAAAUCAAGCACACGGGUUUAUGCUAUUUUACCUGCAAAUAAUAAAACAACAACCGCAAAUCCUGCAACGAGCAAACGGUGGAAUUGUCAACAAAUGAGCUCCUAUUUUGUGAACUCAUUCUGCGGUCGCUAUCCCAAUGGCGCGGACUUCCAGUUACAUAAUUAUGGAGACCAUAGUACGGGAAACGAGCAAUACAGGGACUCCACAGCCAUGCACUCCAGCAGGUACGGCUAUGGCUACAACGGGAUGGACCUAACAGUGGGACGCGCCGGUGACGGACACUUUGGAGGCGACGAGCGCACACAGGGCUACUCCCCGAGUCACUCAGCGGCGACGACAGCCUCCGUGGAGCCGGUCAGGUACACCCAGUCCAGCGGCAGCACCGGGACCUCGUCUCUGUCUCCCCCACCUGACCCACUUCCGUGCUCCUCGGUCGCCACCUCGUCUCCCGCCACCGAGACGCAUUCUCAACAGAGAGCCGUGAAGAACUCCAUAACGACCCCGUGCUCGAGCUCGAACGCGGGCACGCUGCUGCACGGCCGGGACUGUGCGUCCAAAGCUUCCCCCCUGGACGACGAGAAGCCCGCGGGGAGCGCACCGACAGCUCCUCAGAAUGUCACCGACUCGUCCCAGCCGCAGAUUUAUCCGUGGAUGAGGAAACUACACAUAAAUCACGAUUUGGCAGGACCCGAGGGGAAGAGAGCCCGGACUGCAUACACUCGCUAUCAGACCCUGGAGCUGGAGAAGGAGUUCCACUUCAACCGCUACCUGACCCGCAGGCGGAGGAUCGAGAUAGCCCAUGCCCUCUGCCUCUCAGAGAGACAGAUCAAAAUCUGGUUUCAGAACCGCAGGAUGAAGUGGAAGAAGGACAACAAGCUGAAGAGCAUGAGCAUGGCGGCGGCGGGCGGGGGAGGCUACAGGCCCUGAUAU